AUGGCCAAAGCAGACCUGGUGAACAACUUGGGAACGAUUGCUAGAUCUGGAACCAAGGACUCUAUGGAAGAACUCUAUACAUAUGGUAAUGGUGAUUCAAAACAUUUUCAGUUUGAAGCAAACCGUACUUUUCUGUCUGAUUCUGAUAAUAACAACAGCCAAGGAGGUGGUUACGGUAACCAUCCAUUUCGACAAAGAGCAAGAGACAAGUCUGCUCUGCUGCCUGAUUGCUUCUUUGCUUCCCCAUCAAAGACCGGUGAAACUCAAGAAUAG